AUGCCAGGACAUAUUCGCCGUGUCAUCGUAGCGAUUGGAGGUGGGCACGCCACUGGUGUGAUGGAAGCUGGCUUACAGAUCAAAAAGUCUCUGAACAAAUUGUUCCCUUCCACUACUGUUACCAUAAUAGACUUGGAUAGUAAAGCUACAACACCAAUCCGGACAUAUACAAACAAAGACUACGAUUUUGAUCAAGUUUACGAGGGCUUAGUCAAUACAGAAUGUUUGGGAGAUACAGCGCCUUCCGAUGACUCUUCCCACGAUUCUCUUGAGUUAGUCCUUUUGUGUGGCUGUUAUGCGCUUUUCGACCCUAAAAUUAAUAGUUUAACUCAUCUAAAAGUAUUUCUGGACAGUGAUGGUGAUACAAGGCUAAUUAAUUUAAUAAAGCUUAAUAAAAUAUCUGAUGGGGAUCAAUUGGCGGUCUUGAUUGCGGAGUAUAUGGAGCAUUUGCGCGUCGAGAUGCAAAAGUAUAUUGCACCAACAAGAGCAAAUGCAGAUCUGAUCAUACCUUGCUCGAACGAUCUUACCGGCUAUGCAAUUAUAACUGAUGGUAUAGUUAAAAUUAUGGAGGAUAUUAGAGGCAAUGGUGAUUCUUCAAAUGCCGCCUCAAAGCUAUUCCCCCUUUUGGUAGACUUUGAAGCUGAAAGAAUGGAUGUGCAGAAGGAAAGGUAUUACGACCUUUCGUAG